GAUGGGGUAAACGCCCAACAUUUUAUUAUUUUUCUUCAAAAAAAGCGAGAGCUCACACCAACCCUUCCUCUGAGUCCUCGCUCCAUAAAUCACCAACAACAGGCCUUGAUCCAUUCAGCAGUGUUCCCUUCCCUUCCAAGAUGCCUCGCGUGCUCAUCACUAACGAGUCCCGCGUCCCUCUCCCUGCCGGCCCGUAUCCUCCUCCGGGAGACACCGUACCACUCUCCUUCUUUGAUACCUUCUGGAUCAUCCUCUCCCCCGUGCAACGACUCUUCCUCUACCCCGACGCUGCCAUCCCCUUCUCCUCCAUCGUCGAUUCCCUCAGGUCCUCCCUCUCUCGAACCCUUUCCCUCUUCCACCCCUUCGGCGGUAAACUCAUCUACCUCCCUGGCUCCGGCGACGCCGUCAUCGACUGCUCCGCCGCCACGGCGGACGGCGUCGCCUUCGUCGAGGCGGAGUCGGACCUCGACAUCCGCCGCCUCGCCGGCGAUGAGGUCCACGAUUGCGAGUCCUUCCUCCAGCUCGUGCCGGAUCUCCAGGCCGCGGAGCUGCCGGCGCCCGUACUGGUCGUCCAGGUGACGGCGUUUGCCGGCGGAGGGGUCGCGGUGGGGCUCGCCGCCCACCACGUGUUGACGGACGGGAAGGGGUUGUGGCUGUUUUUGGAGGCGUGGGCGGCGACAUGCAAGGGGGACAGCGCGCCUCCGGUGCCCGUGCCGUCACAUGACCGGGCGGUAAUCAGACAUGCUGGUGGCCCGGAGAUCGCCAGGCAGUUCUUGAGGCAGCUGGCGCCGGCUCUACCCAAAGUGGCCCUGCUCGGUUCUUCCAUCCAAGACCGCCUGCGUCUCACACGAAUAACCUUCGCGCUCGACGGCGCCACCAUCCAAUCCUUAAAGCAGCGAGCCGUCCAUCAGAGCAU